AUGUCGUCUUUCCCGGGGAGCGACGACGACGAUGAAGUAUUCGACGCAGUCCUGGGGCGCAUGCUUCUAGAGGCUUUCAUAAACUCAAGCCUGAGCCAGAGAACGGGGAGUUCCCUCCGGGACCGAGGCAACAUUCCCUCACCGUUGAAGGAAGACAUGAGCUCCGGUCACAGCAGUACUCAACCGGACAAGCUAUGGAUCGUCGAUAGGGCUCUAGAGCCGCAAACCUUGCCGCACUUUUUCGAAGCGGUCUGCAUGCGCAAGUUUCCCGAUGGACAGGCCUGCGAGAUACCAUGCCCCACCGCCCAAGAAAUGGUCUUGUUAUCCCAGCCCUACACGGACUGGGCUCCAGCUCCGUACAACGCCCUCGAGGGCGCCGGGAUGGAUCGCCUGAUGGCUCGAGUAGCAUCUUUUCGGUAUCAAACAAACCUCUUCACCGUGUCCAGCACCCUCCAUGCCAUGAAAUCGAGGCUCUGGGAAGGCCUCGUGCCUUUAUCCAGUAAACAGUGGGUAAAGAAAGGGCUGGAUCGUCCCGAGAACUUCGCCGAGGCUUGCCAGUACAUCAGCUGGGUCAUCAAAGUCUUUCAAUACCUGAACCAUCCCAGGGUAGCUACCGGAAUGCGCAAUACCUUCAACAGCAUACACGAAGAACUCAAGAAAUUUGAAGAUGCCAUCAAUGCUCAUCGCCGUCAAAGGGGUAGCGAGGCGGAUGUGCAGAUACGGGCUGCGUGGACCGCGUACAUCAGGGCGCACUUCGACUACAUCACGAGUACAGCACAUACGUGGGUUCUGGAUCGCAUUCAUCGCCUGCGUAUCCCCAUCAUGGAGGAUAUCCGGAACCACACCACUUCUACUCCGGAUGGUCUCGAUGACAGAAUCUGGGAAUUAACAAACAAGCUCCACGACCUGGGCGAGAACGCAUCGCUGGCGGAUCUCAACAUUAUGCUCCUGAUGCGGGGGUACAACGGUGUGCCAGCACUUGACGACCCUGACGAUCUCUACGGCGACCCUCCCCCUAACACACCUCUCUCGGGUGCUCACCCAAACGCCCAAAAGAGAGCAGAACUGUACCACCUGCGCCUCCGGUACCUGACGCGCUUAGAGCAGCAGGGCGGAGACAGUGGCAUGAGUGCUUUCCAGAGCAUGUUGCCUACUAUGAACGCCACUGGCACGUCAGACGUGGUUCGCACGCUUGAAGCACAGAUUAGAGGGCAGGCGCAGGCGCGUCUCGAGCUUCGUGGCGGGCAACGGCCGCCGAAAGUCCCCUUCUGGAUUGAUGAGCUGCGGCGGCAGAUGAAGCAUGGCAAUUUCCAGUGGGCUUAUGUCGGUUACCGGGCAUCUCACCUUUGCUCGGAUGAGGAGUGGGAGGAGUUCAAGAAAAGGUUUGAUGCACAUCAGAAGGAUUGGGGCGUCGAGCUCGGCGAUAUCGAAGAUAUCCGCGCGGUUUCUAAAGUACACUGGCUGGACACCAAGACACUAGGCGUCGAUGGUGAGGACCUUGAUUCUCUGAAGAAACACUUCAAAGAGUACGUAAAGAGUCCGGAUGCUCCGCCGCAGAUCUAUGACGAUAUGUUCCUAGUGGCCGACCAAGUGAGCAUCAAUUCAUACCUCAGACCGGUGCCUGAGCAGGAGGGGUUCGUCCUGGCCAUUGAUGUCGAUUUCUAUCCCACCGACAUGGACAGGCCCGAAGAGUCGCCUGGGUAUGACGGAACGCUCAGGAUCCUCCCGAGCUUGCUAUGGGAUGACAUCAACCCGAUGAUCCUGUUACAGACACAACAUCUCAGAGAUUUGUGGCCUUUGGCGAUGCUCCACCCUUUGCAUGUGUACUCCGGUCCCGUGAUGCCCGCCUCACGGAACAAGUGGGAGGCCUUAGCAAGAGCGAGAAAGAUCUUGUUUGCGAGCGCAGACAAGUGGAGGGAACUUUGUGGUGCCGGCAGAGAGACUGCCUCGUAG